GACACUUCGGUUUCUAUGACAACCAAGGUAAACGUUUCUUUCCUGGCGGCAGACACACAUCGCAAGGAUAUUUACAGAGCGGACAGCUGGAAUAGCUGUAGGAACGUCAAGACUAAUCCCGGUAUGCGGAAGUAGAUCAAUAUUUGCACAUCAUGAUCUAGCUGGAUCUGCAAUAUAGACAGGAAAAGGUUGACAUUAGGAGUGCAUAGGUCCUGAGCAUCUACACGCGGUGCCACUGGGUCGCCAGAAGAACAGCGCACUUCAGGGGCACAGAGUGGGGUUGAAGGGUCUGCACACCAGCGCUUGCAGGGUGAGCAGCAAGAGAUCCAGCUCACAGAACCAAACCUGCUGCGAUCCAUGUGACACUGGCAUACUCCAGAAUUGUCCAUUGGAAACACGAGUUCAAGUGCCUCAGGGAGAUUCAGGAGGAGGAACACAGCCCACCCACACUGCACCCCCUUUGCAGUCUGAAGGCAAAGGAUGCUCUGCAGAGCAGCUUGGUUUAGGAGAGACCUGCGGUAGCAGAGGGUGUGGCAGGCAGACCCCUCGGCCUCCCUUAGCUACCUUUUCCCAGCUCAUCAUGGACUCGGAGUACGUCCUAUGCUCUUGGAAAGGCCGACUAUGGCCAGCAAAGGUUUUGUGCACACGUGGGACUUCACCAAAAACGAAGCCUGAAAAGGCGAUUUCUCUAGAAGUUCAAAUCCUCGCAGUAGAUGAAAAAAUCAAGGUGAAAAGCACAGACGUGAAGACCCCAACUAAGUUUGAGAUGGAAGACAUUGCCGCCUCUGCAGCGGCACAGACGAAGCUCGGUGCCCCACUCAGAGAGAAGAUGGGGUACAGAGGAACCCUUCGGGUGGCCCUGGAGAUUCUGAAAGAGAGAACAAAUCUGGGUGGAGGAAGGAAACCACAUGAACUAGAGAGCACCACACCCUCUCAGCUUUCUCAAAAGGUGCCCGAAAAGCCAGCCAGUUCUGUCCCUCGUGAAGAUGACUGGAGAUGCAAAGGCGACCUAAGGAGGAGUCUUGGGAAGAGGGAAAACCCAAGCUCACCGACGGUCCCUUCAGAGAGUAAGCGUGCCCUGCGGGAUGACAGGUCGCAGGAGCCCACAGCCAUUGCCCCUACUCCAGGCGCCCUGCCCGGGGACAGAUCAGGGGCGCCCAGGGCCAUUGCCCCUACUCCAGGAGCCAUGCUCAGUGGCAGGUCACGGGCACGCAGGGCCAUUGCCCCUACGCCAAGCGCCCUGCGAGGUUACAGGUCUUGGGCGCACAGGGCCAUUGCCCCUACCCCAGGCUGCCUGUACAGUGACAGGUCACGGGCGCACAGGGCCAUUGCCCCUGCUCGAGGCACCAAGCACGGUGGCAGGUCAUGGGCAUGCAGGUCCAUUGCCCCCAAACCAGGCUCCCUGUGCGGGGACAGGUCACAGGCGAGCAGGGCCAUUGACCCUACCUUAGGCGCCAGGCGCGGUGGCAGGUCACGGGCCCACAGAGCCAUUGCCCCUACUCCAGGCUCCCUGUGCAGCAACAGGUCACGGGCUUGCGGAGCCAUUGCCCUUACUCCAGGUGUCCUGUGCGGUGUCAGGUCACGGGUGCCAAAGGACAUUACCCCUACUCCAGGCGCCCUGCGAGGUUACAAGUCAUGGGUGUGCAGGGCCAUUGCCCCUACUCCAGGUGCCCUGCGCGGAGACAGGUCAGCAGCAUGCACGGCCAUUGUCCGUACUCCAGGUGCCCUUGGCAGGGACAGGUCACGGGCACGCAGCGCCAUUGCUUCUACUCCAGGGACCCUGCAGGGAAACAGGUCAUCUGUGUCCAAGGCCAUUGCCCCUACUCCAGGUGCCCUGCAUGGAGACAGGUCAGCAGCGCGCACGGCCAUUGUCCCUACUCCAGGCGCCCUUCACAGGGACAGGUCACGGGCCCGCAGCGCCAUUGCUUCUACUCCAGGGACCCUGCGGGGAAACACGUCAUCUGCGUGCAAGGCCAUUGCCCCUACUCCAGGUGCCCUGCGAGGUUACAAGUCAUGGGCGCGCAGGGCCAUUGCACCUAACCCAGGCGCCUGGCGCAGUUACAGGUCAACGACAGGCACCGCCAUUGCACCUAAUCUGGGCGCCCUGGGCGGGAACAGCUCACCAGCCCACACGUCCAUUAUUCCUUCUCCAGGUGCCCUGCAUGGUGACGGGCCACCAGCGCACAUGGCCUUUCCUUCUACUCCAGGCACCCUGCAUGGUGAUGGCUCUCAGGCACACAUGGCCAUUGCUCCUACUCCAGGCACGAUGCGCGGUGACAGCUCAACAGCGCGCACGGCCAUUGCCUCAUCUCCAGGGGCCCUGCGAGGUGACAGGUCAUGGAAACGCAAGGCCAUUGCUUCUACUCCAGGUGCCCUGCAUGGUAACAGGUCUGACAGGUCACGGAAAUGCAAGGCCAUUGCUUCUACUCCAGGCACCCUGCACGUUGAGAGGUCACCAGCACUCAGGGCCAUUGUUCCAACUCCAGGCACCCUGGGCCGUGACAGCUCACCAGGGCGCACGUCCAUUAUUCCUUCUCCAGGCGCCCUGCAUGGUGACAGGUCACCAGCACACAUGGACAUUGCUUCUACUCCAGGCGCCCUGCACGGUGACAGCUCUCAGGCGCACAUGGCCAUUGCUCCUACUCCAGGCACCAUGCGUGGUGACAGCUCAACAGCUCGCAUGGCCAUUGCCCCAUCUGCAGGGGCCCUGAGAGGUGACAGGUCAUGGAAACGCAAGGCCAUUGCUUCUACUCCAGGUGCCCUGCGUGGUCACAGGUCUGACAGGUCACGGAAACGCAAAGCCAUUGCUUCUACUCCAGGUGCCCUGCUCGGUAACAGGUCUGACAGGUCACGGAAACGCAAGGCCAUUGCUCCCACUCCAGGUACCCCGCGCAUUGACAGGUCACCAGCAUGCAGGGCCAUUGCUCCUACUCCAGGCGCCCUGGGUGAUGACAGCUCAACGGCCAUUGCCCCUACUCCCCCGCGAGGUGACAGUUCGCCAGCAAACACGGCCAUUGCUUCUACUCCAGGCGCCCUGCACGGUGACACCUCUCAGACACACAAGGCCAUUGCUCCUACUCCAGGUGACCUGGGCAGUGACAGCUCAUCAGCGCACAAGGCCAUCGCUCCUUCUCCAGGUGCCCUGCAUGGUGACAGCUCACCAGCACACACGGCCAUUGCUUCUACUCCAGGAGCCCUGCAUGGUGACAGCUCCCAGGUGCACACGACCAUUGCUCCAACUCCAGGCGCCCUGCGCGAUGACAAGUCAUGGAAACGCAAGGCCAUUGCUCCCACUCCGGGCACCCUGCACUGUGACAGCUCACGAACGUGCACGGCCUUUGCUCCUACUCCAGGCGCCCUGCAUGCUGACAGGUCACCAGCGCACCGGGACAUUACUCCUACUUCAGGCGCCCUGCACUGUGACAGCUCAAGAGAAAGCAGGGCCGUUGCUCCUAUUCUAGGCGCCCUGCACCGUGUCGGCUCUCAGGCACACAAGGCUAUUGCUUCUACUCCAGGCCCUCUGCGCGGUGACAGCUCACCAUUUCACACAGCCAUUGCACCUAUGCCAGGGGCCCUGCACGGUACCAGGUCAGGGAAACGCGAAGCCAUUUCUCAGACUCCAGGCACCCUGUGUGGUGACAGCUCAGGAGAACGCAUGGCCAUUGCUCCUACUCCAGGCGCCCUGCACAGUGACAGGUCACAGACACAUACGGCCAUCGAUCCUACUCCAAGUGUCCUGCGCAGUGACAGCUCACCAGCGUGCAUGGCCAUUGAUCCUACUCCAGGUGCCCUGGGCAGGGACAGGUCACAGGCGCUCAUGGCCAUUGCUCCUACUCCAGUUGGAAUGCAAGCACAUGUGUUGCAAAGCCCCCGAGCCUGCCAGGAUUCCCUGACGCUUUCGCGGCAUGUUUGUGAGAAAAAGGGGAAGAAAAGGGCAAACGCCUCAACUCUUAUGUCCCUGCCUCCCACAGUAACGGAGGAGGGUGCAUCUCUGCCUCCAGGUCUCACCAGCCCUGCACCCCCCGCUCUGAAGGAAGAGACACAGGACAGCCGCCCGAAGAAGGCCCUGGCUGCAUCCCCGGAAUGUUCUCCCUUCUCGGGGAACAUUCAGGACCCCGGAGAGGGUGCCUGGAAGCCAGGCUGGGCAGGUAUGGCUGCAUCCUCUGGGUCCCGUCAGCACAGGCUGCCUUCUUCACUCCGGCUUGCCAAUAGAAAAAGGAAGCGUCCAGGUCCAGAUUUUCAGAGGAGACCUCAAGGACCUCAGACGCCUGGUGACGCUAAGCUUGCUAAUCCUGUCACCACCGUUCAAAGGGCUGGCGGUAAACAGGAUGGGCAGCCCCCCAGCCUUGCUUUUCCACAGGAGCCACAUCCCAUCGAAAGGGGAACGAUGGUCUGGUUCAAAUUUCAAGAUCAUCCGUUUUGGCCAGCAGUGGUCAAGAGUGUCAGCAACACAGACAAGACCGCGAGGGUGCUCCUGCUUGAGGCCAACCUGCACCAUGGAAAGCGGGGCAUUCAAGCUCCUCUUCGAAGGCUGAAGCACCUGGAUUGUAAGGAGAAAGAGAAACUGCUGAAGAGAGCCCAGAAGGCCUACAAGCAAAGCGUCAACUGGUGCUUCUCACUGAUCUCCCACUACAGAGAAGGACUGGUCCGGGGUUCUUUCCGGGGCUCUUUCCUGGACUAUUAUGCCGCAGACAUCAGCUACCCAAUCAGGAGAGCCAUCCAAGAGGGAGACCUGCAGAUUGACUUUCCAAAGGUGAAUUAUGGCGACCUGGAAGACUGGGAGGAGGAGACCUCCCUGGGCGGGAAGAGGCCUUACAAGAAAAUCCUCCCGGACCGGAUGAGGGCCUCUCGGGACCGAGACAACCAGAAGCUCGUGGACUUCAUCGUGAGGAGAAAGGGGGCCGACCCCCACCUUCUGGACAUCUUGCAAGGCAGGAAGCAGUCCAGGUGGCUGACCACGUUUCUGAAGCCACACAGGGAUUUGCACUGCAUUGAAACAUACCUGGAGGAUGACGAUCAGUUGGAAGUUGUGGCCAAGCAUUUACAAGAAAUCUACAAGCAAAUUGACAAGACCAUGCUGACUCUGAUAAGGGAUGACAAAGUCAGUUUUGUUCUGGAAGUUCUUCUGCCGGAAGCCAUGAUUUGUACCAUCGCCGCACUUGAUGGGCUGGAUUACAAGGCAGCAGAGGAGAAGUACCUGCGAGGACCACCUGUGCAUUACCGGGAGAAAGAGCUGUUUGACAGAAAUAUCUUAAAGAAGGCAAGAAGAGAACGAGCAACCACCCAUACAGCUAAUUAGCUCCCGCCCGCCUCCCCCGCACCCAUACCUUCGCAGGGAGCUGCCUCCUUUCUAGAAUUAAUGAGGAAGCCUCCUCUCUUCCCCAACGCGUGUAAGUAUGUUCUGGAUAUUCGAGACUUUGGGAAUGUGAGGAAUUCAUUUGGGGCCCAUCUCUCGCAUGUGCUGGUGGCAUAUUCAUCACCAGGUCUUCAUCGCAAACUCGUGAAGAGCUAUUUUGUUAAACGAUUGCAACCCCUUGCGAUUCCCUCGACGUCUUUGGAUGUGUAGUUGUCCCGAUAGGUUUGAAAGACAAGAGCAUUGAUUUUCAUAACGUGUCUUUUGACUGGACUUGGUACUUUCGCUUAGGACCUAUAUUCUUUUACACAAAAAGCCACUGGUAUCAGCUUUUAAACAACAAUAAUUUUUAAAGCCUAAUGUAUAUUUCUAUGGAAACAUCAGUGAGACUUUUCAUUCUUUUGGCGAUACGUGGAUAGAAACCAUCAGAUUCCUCUUUCAGAUAAUUCCUGCCUUUUCCCUGCUAUGCUUGUUUAUUUUUUGAAAAGUAGCCCCGAGAGUUGAAUCCCAUGAGAGAGUCAUUUUCUCCUAUGUUAACACGACCUUCCGAUACUUUUUCAAAAAGCAAACUGCAGGCCAAACAUGAAGUUACCGAAUGGCUUGCACGUAGUCCAUAUGUGCUUGAGUGAAAUCUCAGUGUGCAGUGAGCGUCUUGUCAGCCUCAUGCAAGAUUGUCGCUCUGCAUUUCCCUGAAAUUCCACACCCUCCUUCAACGGCUGAACUGUUUCCUAGAACAGGCUUCAGGCUGUCUUCAUAACUGACAGUGAUGGAUCUUCUCCCUCUAACUGUCGGUCCCCUGUGGAGGGCAGCUAGAGCCAUCUCCUUCUUGGCCUGGCUUCUCUCCACCUAUGUGGCUGGCCCAACUGCUUAGGAGCCCGUCUACCUGCCCGUAAAUUGGAGUAAAGCCAGCUCCUUGUUCUGGAUCCAGAAUCCCCCAAGACGUGGCCAUUUGUCUCAAUGUCACCAAGCUUCAUCUUCCGACUUAUUCACGGGCCAGCUCCAACAGGUCCCAACAAUCUAGACACAGGCUGGUAAGCCAUUCCCGGCUGCUAGAGGCGCCAGGGCUGGGAGUUGGAAAAAUGGGUCACAGGGGCAGCCUUCAUUCCGCUAAGUGGGGCCGGCCCUUGGUGGAAUAAUAUUAAACAGAUGCAAUUCAGACCUAAGUUGUGAAGCCCACAGAUUGCUAGGCUAACUUGAAACAAGAUGGUUUUGGAGGAUAAGUGUUAUGGAAAAGCCAGUUUGUUUUUCAAACUUGAUGCUAAAAUAAACGCGAAGGCCUUCACAUGAA